AUGGUUGGGGCUCAUGAGCAUCCACGUCCCGACGGAAAUCGAGUGCCUGGCCACCGGAGGCUGGAGUUUCCCGUCAAAUGGAUGACGAUGAUCGAACUUGAACGGAGAUGCUUGAGGACGACGGCGAAGGGCUCGGCAGUUCACGGUGGUCGCGAUGGUUUUCGGGUGUCGCAAAUCCGGCCUCGCGACGGCUCAGCAGCGAUUUGUCGGGCUUGCAGGGGUUCGCCGGUGGUCUCGUCCUCCUGGGUGGUGGCUUCGGAUCCGAUUCGGCGGCGUGUUCUCCUCGUCGGUGGCUUGGACGAUUUAUAUGCUGAAGGGAUUCGGGGUUUAAACGAACAAAAUUGCGAGACGAGAGAUGAGAGAGGUUCUGGGUGA